AUGGGCCCCAGGUUAAACAAAAUGAAGGCGGUGAGUUAUAGGCAGGCUUGGAUGAUAGCCUGCAUCUUCAUCUGGGCAGUGGCUCGCCUACUUUUGGAAAAUGUCAGUCAUUCCCAGAGCUCACCUUCUGUAGACAACUAUGAGAGAAUGCAUGAUCGUUUUCCAGAAGUUGAGGAGCACUGUGCUUCUGUUGCAAGUGAAGCAUCUCUUCGUCUUCCUCAUAGUAAUUGGCGGCUUCCAAAGGAACUCGCUCCUCCACUCUCUGGAGAAUGGGAGCAAGAGAUUGGAUCUGCGCCUCUUUUACCUUUACAUUUUCAACAGCAGGACAAAAGUUUCAAGAUGACUUUUUUAUCUCUAUAUCCCUACUAUUCAGAUUCUCAAUCUGCCACCAACACCAAACUCAUGAACGUCACAGCAUUCCUAUGUUUUCACAUGUCUAAGAAGGAAAGUAAUAUAAUCGAUAAUAAGAUCUGGGAAGGAUUUGAAAAUCAGCCAGGCGCAACUCAUCAUUGCAUUAACUUGCAAGGAAUUUACGCUGAAUCAAAUAGUGGAAAUGAAAAGUUGUGUAUGUUGGGCCGAUCGAAGGUGGCCCUGCGACAAAGUAAUGCCACUGCCACUACAGGGUGGGAUUGGUCGGCGUCUCCGUUGGUUGAAGAUGACAAAUUUCUGCUUCAUCUGCAGAUUCCGCCCAACAACGGCCUAACUACCAGAAAGAUUGUUGGGCGAUUGACGAGCCUCCGUGCUUCAGAUCAUCCCCUGUUUUUUGAUCCCGUUGAUAUCACUUUCCCAUUGGAUCACUUUCCCUACAAAUUUAUAACAGACAGCAUGGUUGAAAGCGCCUGCAAUUCACGUGUCCAUGAAAAAAAGCCUGUAGAUUUGGAAUUGUACCAGGGGAAAUAUCAACACUGUGGAUUCUUCAGGUCAAUAUUGAAGCGGCAGAUUCUGAAGGGGAUCCCAAAUUGGCAAUGCAAAGGCCCAGUAGAGUAUUGUAACAGGGUUGGUCCUUUCUCCGAUCAAGGGGGCUUCAGCAACUCCAGGAUUCUCAUUCAGGGCUUUGAAUGCUUUCGAUCCAAAGAAUAUCCAGAUGUCAAUGUCAGUGCCGCUAUUAGAGUUUUGCCUGCACAAGAACAAGAACACGACACCGAGAGCUCUCGAUUAAUAUCAGUUAUGUGGAUCCAAGGAACAUGGAGAAAAGCAUCCCCUGGUGAGAUUUGUAUGGUGGGAUGUCUUGCAUCUACCCCUGCGCCUGCUUGUGAUUUCCAGGUCUGUCUCUACAUUCCAAAAGCUUUUUCUCUCAAGCAGCGCAAUCUGAUGUUGGGUUUUAUUUCUAGCAUUCGCAAAGACUCUGGAAAGGCAUUGUAUCCUCUUUCCUUUGAGUAUCCAAUACAGUCUGACAUGUCUCUGCCUUUACUCUUGAGGGUCAAAUAA